UACUUUAAACGGAUACAUACAGGAUAUUAUGGUUGCGAUAAAUGUGAAGAAGAAGGUGAAUGGAGAGAUAAUCGAAUGUUAUUUCUUAAUGAAAGUGCUCCAUUACGCACGGAUGAAAAGUUUUUACUACGACAUAAUGAAGAUCAUCAUUUGAAUAAUUCACCUUUCGAAAGUAUAGGAUUGAAAAUGAUUACUCAAUUUCCCUUGGAUUAUAUGCACCUUGUUUGUCUCGGUGUCAUGAAAAAACUUUUGAAUUUAUGGAUCCGAGGAGUAAAAAACAUUAAAUUGCGUGCAUCUGAAAUAGAUCAAUUAUCUGCAGACUUGAAAACGUUAGUAUCACACAUACCCAUUGAAUUUUUUAGAAAACCGAGAGGUUUAGAUGAAUUAGAUCGCUGGAAAGCGACGGAAUUUAGAUUGAAUUUAGAUCUCUUAUAUACAGGUUUAAUAACUAUGUGGUCAUAUUUACCAAUUAAUUACUUGAGAAAUUUUUAUGCUCUACACUGUGCAAUUUCUAUUCUUUGCAAUCCUAUCGAUUAUAAGAACAAUAAUGCAUAUGCGCAUGAAUUAUUAGUAUAUUUUGUACAAACAUUUAAAAUUUUAUAUUCUGAAAAGUACGUAACGUACAAUGUACAUAACUUGAUUCAUUUGCACGAAGAUGUUAAGAAUUAUGAAUGUCUGGAUAUGUUCAGCGCCUUUCCAUUUGAAAAUUAUUUUCAAGAAAUGAAAAAAAUGCUCAGAAAAAGUGCACAACCAUUGCAGCAAUUGCACAGACGAUUGACUGAAAAAUCAAAAAGUAAAAUAAAUAUGAGGUAUGAACUUGAAGAAUAUCCCAUUCUUAAAAAACCCAAAAACGAAGAAUUACAGUUUGGAUGUGAACAGUCUCAUCGAGAAGCAACGUUUAAAAACUUUACACUGUCUUCCGAAAAAGAAGCGGAUUCUUAUUGUUAUAUAAAUAAAAAUGUUCUUAAGAUUAAAUAUAUUGGCAAAAAGAAUGGAGAAACAGUUAUACUGGGAAAAAUAUUUAAAAAUUCAAGCAAUAUUUCUUCAUAUCCAUGUGAUUCACGACAUUUAGGAAUCCAUGUCGGAGAUGAAUGGUCUGAUGUAGGAAUAUAUCCAGUCAGCCAAAUAAGUGCCAAAGCAAUACGUUUACCUUACAAACAAAUAUAUUGUAUGAUACCAAUUUUACACACUACUGACUAAAAUGUAUUACGUUAUAUUUUGGGACAAAUACUGUCAAAUUGUUCCUCAUUGUUGGUUGAACAUUUCUGACAAUACAUUCAAACAUCCACCAUCUACAUGUAAUAUGACAAAAGCAAUAAAGAAAAAAAUUAAUCCUGGUAGUGAUUGGAAAACGUCAAGUUACCGUACACUUUUGGGACCUUAUGAUACAUAUGAUAAAGCUCGAGAAGUAGAAAAGUCUUGCACUAAUAUAUCAUCUUCGGAUGAUGUUCAAUUAGCUGCUUUGAAUAAUUUGGAGCAAAUAUUGCCUUUAAAACGGCAAAUAAUUAAGAAGAAAUUUUAUGACGAUACAGAUGAUAAUAAGAUUAAACACCCGAGCAAGAAAUAUAAAAGAAUUCCUACUCCUCCACAUAAUUACAAAGAACAAAACGAAAGUGACAUGUCUAAUAAAAACGGAUCACCCAUAAUAAAUUUAGAAACUAAAACGAAAAACCUGAAAAGGAAUGAAUCCUAUAUAACUAGAAAUGUGCCAUCUACUUCCAAAAUUCCACCAGUUUUAAAGGAGCAUCCAUUUUCUAUUCAAGUUUAUCACAGUAAAAGUGAAGGAGAAGGAGAAGAAGAAGAAGGAGAAGGAGAAGAAGUGGACGUAAUUUAUUCUUCUGUGCCUGAAAAUUCAAACAAUGAUAAAGGUUAUGUUAUUAGUACGGACGAUGACAUAAAUAAUGCAACUAUUUUUGCAACUUUAAGUAAGUAAAAUUUUCGUUUGAAGUAUGUUAUUAGAGAAUAUAUCAAAAUAUAAUUUUUUUAGUUGUAUAUAUUAGUAUUAUAGUUUUAUAAUAUGUAAUGUAUAAUAUAUUAAUUUAUCACUUAUAGAGAAUUAUUUUAUUGUAAACUUUAACUUUGUAUUUACUACUUGAAUGUUUGUCUUUGUUUUAGUUUUUUUACAGAAGAAAAUUGAUUCUCUUUCCGAAGAUUUUAAACGCGAAACUGCAAAGAACAGAGCAAAAGUCCAAGAAAUACUUGCAAUUUUAAGAGAUAAAUUCCCGAAUGGUGGAAAUGAAGAAAUUUCUUAUGGUUUAAUGCCUGAAUUUCCCUUGGUAACCAUAGAAGAAUACGUCCAAUUUAAUGAUAUGUU